GGAUAUCGUUAUAAAAGCCGGCGCGCCCCGGCGCAUCGUUCGUCUUUCUUCGGCGGCGAUUCAAGUCCUGACUUGUGUGCGCGACAAGCCAUCUCCUCACGGUCACCAUGCAGAUUGUCGGCAAGUACCAAUACGUGUCGAGCGAGAACUUCGAGGAUUACGUCAAGAGCCUCGGCAAGGCCGAUCUCGCUGACGCGUUCCUGCAGGCCACGCCGGUCGUGGAGAUCCAGCAGAACGGCGACCAGUGGAUGGUCACGGUCACCAGCCAGGGUAAGACCGUCACCGCCACCUUCAAGCCCGGUGAGGUCUACGACGAGCAGCUUCCAUCUCAAGGCCUCGUUUUCAAGAGUAUGACCACAAAAGAGGGCAACGGCUUCAGAACGGAGACCACCUUAUCCGCGGACCUGAAGGCAAUCCGAGUUUACGAGUUCACAGACACCGGAAUGAUGGUGCACCUAUCUUCCAACAAGAGCGACGUCAAAGCUAUGCGUACAUACAAAAGACUGUAAAGCCGGUUCCUAAUUUAAAUAGCAGUAUAUAACAUCACACUACAUUAAAGAGAUUGAAAUGUAUAAAA